AUGGUGUUUGUAUGGUCACUUGUUUUGUCACUCCACUUUCUUUUUCUUUAUUCACUCUUGUCUUUCACAUUUACUUCAUCUUUUUCUUUAACUCACCCAAACUGUCGUCAAUAUGAAAGCCAUGCCUUGUUGCAAUUCAAGGAAGGCUUUAACAUCAAUAAGACUGCUUCUUAUAAUCCACUCAGUUAUCCUAAAACAGCAUCCUGGAAUGCAAGCACCGAUUGCUGCUCAUGGGAUGGCGUUAUAUGUGAUGACCACACAAAUUAUGUGAUUCACAUUGAUCUCAGUAGCAGCCAACUCUUUAGUACAAUGGAUGCAAAUAACACUCUCUUUCGCCUUGUACACCUUCAACAUCUUGAUCUUUCAGAUAACCACUUCAAUUACUCUCAAAUCCCAUCCGAGAUAGGUGAGCUCUCACAACUAAGAUAUCUAAACCUAUCUCACGCAACCUUUUUUGGAGAAAUUCCAUCUCAACUUUCACACUUGUCCAACUUGUUGUCACUUGAUUUAGGCUUUAAUCUUGGAACAAGUCCUUUAGGUUUAGCGGUUAAUUUCUUGCAACUCAAGUCGUCUAGCCUCAAAAGCAUAAUUCAUAACUCAACAAAACUUGAGUCUCUUCUACUUGAUUACGUGACAAUUUCAUCCUCUUUACCAGACAAACUCACAAACCUAACUUCCCUGAAAGCACUAUCUCUUUCCAAUUCUGAAUUGUAUGGUGAAUUUCCGGUUAGAAUAUUUCAUCUUCCAAACUUGAAAUUUCUGGAUUUGAGAUAUAAUCCAAAUCUCAUUGGUAGGUUGCCUGAGUUUCAGUCUAAUUCAGUACUCACCAAGUUAGCACUAGAUGAGACAGGUUUCUAUGGUACACUGCCUGUAUCCAUUGGAAAACUCAGUUCUUUAAAUAUUCUAUCAAUUCCAAGUUGUCAUUUUAUUGGGUACAUUCCUUCUUCCAUUGACAACCUCACCCAACUCAUACAGAUAAACCUUCAACAUAACAAGUUUAGGGGUGACCCUUCUUCAUCCCUGGCAAAUCUUACCAAACUAACUCUUUUGAAUGUUGGUUUCAAUGAAUUUACUUUUGAGACCAUCUCAUGGAUAGGUGAGGUCUCAUCAAUAAUUACAUUGGAUAUAUGCUCAGUCAAUAUUGGCAGUGACAUCCCGUCAUCUUUUGCAAAUCUCACGCAGCUAGAAACAUUAAAUGCAGAAAAUUGCAAUAUAAAGGGUGAAUUUCCAUCUUGGAUAAUGAACCUAACAAAUUUAGUGAACUUGUACCUACCUCAUAAUUUGUUGCAUGGAAAUCUAUUGCUUGACAUGUUUUGGAAGCUUAAAGAGCUAGAUAAUCUUAAUUUAUCAUUCAACAAACUGUCCUUGCACAGUGGAAAAAAUUCUUCCCAUAUGAAGGAUUCUCGAAUUCGAGUCAUAGAAUUGGGUUCAUGCAAUUUAUUAGAGGUACCAAUGUUUAUUAGAUAUUUAAGUGAUAUGACAUAUCUUGGCCUGUCAAACAACAAUAUAACUUUGCUACCUAGUUGGUUGUGGAGAAAAUCUAGUUUACAAAUCUUAGAUAUUUCCCACAAUUCAUUGACAGGAGAAAUAUCCCCAUUCAUAUGCAAUCUCAAAUCACUGAUCCACCUUAAGUUAUGGUCCAACAAUUUAAGCGGUAAUGUUCCCUCAUGUAUAGGGAACUUUAGUCAAUAUCUAGAAAUUCUCAUGUUUAAAGGGAACAAUUUGUCUGGUCUCAUUCCUCAAACAUACCUGAUGGGUAAUGUCCUUCAAAUGAUUGAUUUCAGCAACAACAAUGUUCAAGGUCAGUUGCCAAGAGAAUUAGUCAAAUGCGGAUGGCUAGAGUACUUUGAUAUUAGCCAUAACAAUAUCAAGGAUUCGUUUCCAUUCUGGCUGGGAGAUCUACCCGAAUUGAAAGUAUUGGGUUUAAGUGAGAAUCAAUUUCAUGGCGACAUAAGGUGCCCUGACAACAUGACAUGCACAUUUCCCAAGCUUCACAUCAUUGACCUUUCUCACAAUGAAUUCUCCGGCAUUUUCCCAUCAGGAAUGAUCCAGAGUUGGAAAGCAAUGAAAACUUCCGACACAAGUCAAUUACAGUACGAGCAAGGAGAAUAUUCGGGAAAAGGAAAUGUUUCUUAUUCGUUCACAAUGUCAAACAAAGGGAUGGUAUUGGUUUAUGAGAAGCUUCAAGAGUUUUAUAGUAUGAUAGCCAUUGACAUGUCAAGCAACAAAAUAAGUGGAGAGAUACCAAAAGUCAUAGGUGACUUGAAGGGUCUUGUUUUGCUCAACUUGUCAAAUAACAACCUUGUUGGCAGCAUUCCAUCUUCUUUAGGGAAACUUUCAAAACUCGAAGCACUUGACCUUUCUUUCAACACUCUCUCAGGGAAGAUUCCCCAACAGUUAACACAACUCACCUUUCUGGAGUUCUUUAAUGUCUCCCUCAAUAAUCUCACUGGAUCUAUACCACAAAAUGGGCAGUUUUCUACAUUCCAAAGCAAUUCAUUUGAGGGUAACAAAGGUCUGUGUGGUGAUCAAUUGUUGAACAAGUGUUUAGAUCAUGCAGGGCACUCAUAUUCUCCACCUUCAGCCUCUGAUGGUGAACACGAUUCAGAAUCUUUCAUUGAAAUUGAGUGGAAAGUAAGUCUGAUUGGGUAUGUAGGCGGUCUUAUUGCUGGAGUGGCAUUGGGAACCACUUACAGCCACAGGUUAUUAAGUGACACUGUAUUUUCUUUUCUUUUCUAG